AUGGAUGGGCGUCAGAGUGAAGAUAACCUAACUUUUUGUAACGUUUCUGUAAAGGAACUGAGAUAUAUACUGAUCCUGUGCUCCACUGAUGGCUCCGUUUGUGCGUUUCUUUGUGCAGUUGCCAUUGCUGCUAUGAUCUUUUUCAGGCUGUUCACUCUCCUGACACACAGACUAUUAUUGUACAUGCUCAUAGCAGUGAUGUGCUACUCAUCACUGGUAGCUAUCCAACUCCUUGCGUUGUGGCGCGACUAUUUGCUUAACAAAGAGUAUGCCAAUGAUUGUAUUGCUGAGGGAUUUCUUUUGAUGUACUUUGCGUGGGUGAUGCUCCUUGCCACUUUAAUGGUGACCUUGCAUCUGACGAGUAUGGUCCUUUUUCCAUCUUUAUUCCAGAAAUUGACUAAAAUGGAGCCGUUUUAUUUAUUGUUUCCGUGGAUAUUUCCUCUAUUUAUUGUGUGGAUACCAUUUGUGCAUAGCAAUUAUGGCAUAUCUGGCUCUUGGUGCUGGAUAAGACUGUAUAAUGAAGAUUGUACACAGAACAAAGAAGGAGUCAUUGAAGAAUAUGCAGUUUGGUAUGGAGAGCUGAUCGUUGGAUUGGUUUUUAAUAAUAUUGCACUUUUAGCUAUUGCG